AUGGAUGAAGUCAACAUAUCUGUGUUUCCCAGAUGGUCCUAUGGAAUUGUGAUGUGGGAGGUGUUCACUAUCGGUGAAUCGCCCUAUCCUGGUAAAAAGGCUCGACAAGUCGCUAACCUGCUACAGACAGGAUACCGCAUGCCAAGGCCAAGACAUCUUGCCAAAGAUCUUUACUCAAUUAUGACUGAUUGUUGGGAAGAACAGCCUCGCAAAAGGCCAACAUUCCAGUGGCUAUGUAAUGCAGUCAGAAGAUUACUGGACGACAAAAAGAUAUAUGUAAACUUGGACGAGUAUGAUGAUCAUGACUAUGUUAAUUUCGACAUGAAAAUUGACGAGUAAUGAUGAAGGAGCACGAGUGGAGACCACAAGCUAUUUUAAUGUUAGAAGAAAACUUUAUUUUUUCGUUUGAAUAUUAUUAUUAAGCAAGUUUCUUUUCCCCCUGAUUUCAUUAAACAAGCCCCCAAACCCUCAAGUUGUGUACGCGCAAGUCUUAUGACAACCAUAUAUAUACCAUUUGUUGCACGUAAAAUGCUCGUUAAAUCUAACUUCAGAUUGCGUUUGUGUUAGAUGACACGCAAGAAGAGCAAAAAUGCAGUAAGACUCUGAUGUCUUACCUAAAUGGUUGAUGCUACCCAACAGUAAUAGAGAGAAACUGAGGGGUAAGAAAUCUAGGGCAAACACAGUCAGCGCCACAAGAGGUAAAUAUAUAAUGACAUCCACCCAUCCAUCCAUCCAAGCAAAUGCAAGCAGGGUGAAAUUGAAGAUCCUGUGUUUAUCCGGCUUCAACCUGUUUGUCUUUUAAUGUCCCAACAAAAUUUUAGUGUGGCAAAAUCUUUGGAAAACCCUUGUCAGUUUUCUGCACGACAUGAUAGGUUUCCUUUGUGAGGAAAACUAAACCUGCCAAGUAGAAUACUUCAAAUUAUUCUUAUUGAUAGCCUCUUACUCAGGCGCUCUUCAGGCUCGUAGCGCAACCUUCUGCCCCCACCAAAGUUCGUAGAAGGCGAUGUGGAUGUUUAUAAUAUUCAAUAUCUGUUGCUCUUCUGUCAAGCCUGGUUUUCACUAGCGUCGUAAGCGUAACCCCAAGCACAGCAAUUCUUAUUUCACCGUGAAAACGGCCUUGACGCAGGCAUAACCGCACGCGCAAACACAAGCGUAAGGAUCGAAAUUUUCCCUUUUUUAUGUGCUUGCGCUUAUGCUUGCGUUUGCGCUGCAACAAGCCAAAACGAAAAACCACUCAGGCAUAACACAAGCACGAAGAUAUUUACCACACAUGGAUACGUUUGGCCCGGCAGUGAAAGCUCUGGAUCCAGAUUAACCGGUACCUUCCGCCUAAACAGUCCAGAAUGUUCUGAUGAUUUUGCUUGUGCUUGUGUUUGUUUCAAAUUUUGUUCUCACUUGGGCCAUCCCUAUUGUUUGCGCUUGUGCUUGUGCUUGCGUCGCUAGUGAAAACCAGGCUUUACUUUCCCCAUGGAUAGCUAUAGUUUGCCUCUUGGGGAUAAGGAGCCCUGAUAUGAAAAUUGUUUAUCCCCAAGUGGUAAGCUACCUGUGAGGAAUGUGAGGGUAAAACCAGAGAUCUUGAAUAUAUUAUCAGAUACAAACGUUUCUAUAGGUUGUAGACGAAAAGAAAUUCUUAGAAACAAGACUUGGCGGCUUUACUUCCCCUCAUAAAGGAAAACUACGAUGCUUAAAACUGGUAAGAGUUUUAAUUUUCUGUGAGGAGAUGAUGUAUUUUGUUAUUGCAAAGAUUUCUUGAAGACACAAUGAGACACAGCCGAUAAUUACGAUAAAAAUGUAAUGUUUAAUUUCACUUUGCAUGCAGCAUAACAUUCUGCUUCUUGAAGCGCUAACUGUAUUUGCCCAGAUCUUUCGUUUUCUUUCGAUAUAACUAUGGUUAGAAUCAGCCUUUCAGAUGGGAAACAAUCUGGCUGCACUCUUCCGCUAUAUAUGUGAGUUAGUUAACACAUUUCCCUUUCAUACUGAAUUUAAUCAACGUUUUAUGAAGCGAGUCGUGCAAGUAUAGUCAUGCCAAAAAUCUAAAAGAUCGGUUAAAUCUUUAAUUUUUCCCAUAAAGCGCGACUGAAAACUGUCACCACAGCGCAAAUAAAUAGGUUCCGGUCUUCCUAAAGGAGAUUUUUCCUGCACGAACGGCAUGUCUGUCUUAACACACCUUGCUCCUUUUCCUUUUAUUAUUAUCUUUUAAAGUUUCUUGUACCUUGAGUUGCAAGCCAUAGUUUUUAGUUUUAUCGCUGAGACAGGUUCUUAGUAGUGAGGUUUUAUUAUAAGUAGAAACGUAUGUCUUUAAUUAAAAUUUAGCUCCAAAAAGCCACUCCAGAACCUAGGA